UUAUGGUACUGUCAAAGUCAAAGAAAGUAUGACAAAAAAGUAAUUAUUUAAAUGUUGAGUGUUUAUUAGCGUAACAACUAGCUGAAAUAUACAAUAAGAAUGAAAACUGAUAAUAAUUAUAAAACUGUGCCCGCAUUUUUGGUGAAACUUUGGAAAAUGGUUAAUGAUCCCAAGACAGACCAUUUGAUCUGUUGGGGAAAGGAUGGAAAGACGUUUAUAAUUCAAAAUGAAGUUCAGUUCUGGUGUACGUUGUUGCCUUUGUAUUAUAAGCACAAUAAUAUGAGCAGUUUCAUUCGGCAGCUAAACAUGUAUGGGUUUCACAAGAUUUCACUUCUAAAUAGUAGCAUUACUAAUGACAAAGUGGAAGUUGAGUUUGUGCAUCCCUAUUUUCAAAGAGAUGAACCUGGAUUACUGGGAAAUAUUAAACGAAAGGUCACAACAUCAAGACACAAUUCUGAGAAAAAUGUACCUGAAGUUGCUAACCAAGAUCAACUAAGUAAACUUAUGGCUGAUGUCAAAUACCUACACAACCGUCAAGCACAAGUGGACGUGGUUAUUAAUAAUUUAAAACGAGAAAAUUCGGUUUUGUGGCGUGAACUCGCUGUACUUAGGCAGAAGCAUCAAAAACAAAUUCAAAUUGUUAACAAGCUCAUACAAUUUCUACUGACAGUUGUACAGCCUUCCACUCGCCGCAGUGGUUUGGGUGUUAAACGUCGUUAUCCACUUAUGCUAAAUGAAAAUCCGGAGAAAAAACAGAAGAGCAAUUCUGAGGGGCCCACAAUACACGAAUUAGAUAGUGCAGAUCUUUCCGCAGAGGAUUUAUUGCAUGAUUCGGAGGGCGAAAUUGCUCAAGUUGAUAGCCCAGUUAGUAGUGGUCAACCAAAUCAAUCCACCACACAAGUAAACGAAGUUGAGAGUAGCCUGGAUCACGAAAAUGUAUUGGUUACCACUUCAGACUUGGAUAGUUGUAAACCGGAAAAUUUAGAAGAUCUUCUAGGCGACACUGUCCAGGAAGAUAUUGUUAUACCGAACAGUUUGGAGGACACUCUAAAUUUUUCUACUGAAGAACCCUUGAAUGAUCCAAAUUUGUAUGAGGAUGUAUUGAUGGAUCACCCAAACAACGAUCCGUUUUUCACAAAUAUCAUGGAUGGCUCGUAUAAUUCGGAUGUUGUAAAUGAGGUCGUCAAUCAGAAUCUUUCGAAGCAAGAACCAACCGCUUCGACUAGUGGCACUGACAAAAAUUUGACGUUAGCCAAGUGCUAUCCUAAUUUAGCAGUACCUCAAAUAAAUUCAAUAGACGACCUCCAUAAUCACCAAGAGACUACACAAACCGAGCUGGACCAGUUUAAGGAGUUUUUAAGUGGCUAUAAUGGCAUUGACUCGAAAUAUUUAUUAAAUUUGUUUAAUGAAAUGCCGUCAUAUGGAUUAACCACUAACAGGGAUGAAGAUCACAGCGAUUUAGACGUACUUACGGGUUCAGGCUCAGAGCUGGCACCUUAUGAACCUGGCAUUGAUCUUAAUGAAUUAUUCCAGGACUCGAGAGAUGGCACUGAAUUAGUUAAUCCUGAAGAUAUUUUAGGUUCGCCAAUUUCACAAAAUCAAAUCAACAGUUCACCACUUGAUCUGACAUCCCUGCUGCCGGCAGAUGAAUGAAACACAUUUGGCACACUCACUGCUGUUUAUGGGAAACGUGGAGCUGGACAAUAUCCUGCAUUUCUCUUAAUAUUGAGAUAUUUGUUAAGUAAUUAAUUUUACACCUGGUGACAUGAAUAUAGUUUUAUUAGUGUUGCAUUUUUACGUAAUAAUGUAUUGAGUAAGUCAGAUAAGUAUAAAACUUGUAAUUUAAAAAAAUGGAAAUAUGUUAUUGCUUCCGUUUGCAAAUAGAUUUUUACCCUGCUGAUUCAUCAAAUGCAUACAUUUUUUUCAUUGUACAUAUUUAAUUUCUGUGUUCAUUUUUAGUGCCCUUUUUUGUUAUGAAAUCACAAUCAAUCAGAUGUAAGAACAACUUUCUUAUAGUAUCAGUAUGAUGUGUUAUGUUAUAAUAACCGUUUAAUAAAUUUGUUGUUAUAAUUAUAAACAUUGAUUUUCGAACUACACGACUCCCCAACAUGACCAGGGGCUAGAUUGUCCAUUCAUACAAAUCGUAAAUGACAUAGCUGUUUUGACCCAGUAUGACCUACGUAUGUAAAUAUAUAUAUCGUACACUAGAUCUCAUUAAUACCAUUUUGUUUUUAGAAGCUGGAAUGCAAACAUUUCCCAAGGCAGUUUCCAAAAAAGAAAUUUUUAAAUAGCUCAAAAGAGCAUAGGAAAGGAAGUGAAUUUUUUGUUAUCUACUUACUUUAUACAGUUUGUUUUAGCAGUUUUUGAAUAGAUGUCGCUUUCAAAGUAGGCGUUUUAUUUUUUAAUCUAGUGCAAUAAAACCACUGGUAACGAAGGUCCAUAUGAUGUACAUACAUAAACAGUCCAUAUCGUUAACAUUUAGGCCUACAGUGGACGUCCAUUGUACAAAUUGUGUGUAUAAUUGUACUUAUACGUACCAUGUUGGUGCAUAAGUUCCAUAUAUGUACAUACAAUGUACGUCGGUGUGUUGUUGGGCCACCCAUUUUACAAUUACGUUAUUUUUUCUCAAAAAACGUAAA